GACAAAAGCAAGUACAUUUCUGAACCUAACUGCGUGUCAUCAGCUCAGAUCUCCAGGAUGAUUUUUCCCAGGUGGGAUUUUUUGUAUAGCAAAGGCUGGUGCUGCGUGAAUGGCUGCUGCCCACCCGAGAGGCUGUGCUUCAGAUUGAGAGAACGCAGGAUCAGCUUGUUUGUAACAGAGCUGGGUAUCUCAGUGAAGCCCGUUACAUGGUUGAGAAAGCUUUUUUAGACACACAGAAAUGUUUCAAUGACUUUAUGGAUCAUGGGAAUCCCAAGUGGGAAAACAGGAAGACAGGAAUGCUGAGGAGGAGAGAACGGAUGAUUCUGCGCGAGCCCGACAGUCACAGGCAGCGAGUGCAGCCAAAAGCAAAGCCCGUUGUAAUCCUUGCAAGGAAGGAGACUGAGUAUCUUGGAGAUCCAACAGAAAUAAUACAACACGUCCUUCGGCAGGUCUGUGAUCAGUCUUCUCAUGAACAUAUUAAUGAAGCAGUAGAGACAAAAAUAAAGAAGAUUUCUUCUCUCACACGAAGGACUUGUCAUGUCUUAUCAUUACAAUGAAGCCUUUGAAGAUCCAGACUACCACUUCUCAGAGACACUUGAAAUUGAUAGAAGGAGGAGUUCUCAAAAGAAUCUGUUUUCUCACCAAACCCCUUAUGAUUCUUCACUGCAUGGUUCCUAUGGAGAGCAGAGUGGAAGAGGACAGAGUUACCCUCUGGAGAUUCCAAUGGCCUCCAUGAGACAUGGCUCUGAAUACAGCGAAGAUUUACCAAGAGCUAAUGUCUUAAGCAGAAGUCCAUAUGGAAGUUCCACAUAUAAUCCUUCCUUUGAGCCUGAGCCAGAGCUGGCGUACACCCCACCUCCUGCCUUCCAUCCGCUGGAUCGCUCCUAUUCCCACAGAGUUUCCGAUGUAUCAGAAGACAGCUUUACUCGGAGACGCAGAAGAAGACCACCUGAUGAGAUCUUCAUGGCUUCUUCUGGCCUGUUUGAAAUAGAUCCAGUGCGCAAAGAAGAGGAAGAUUUAGUUGGAAACCUUGCAAGUAUGUCUACCAGCGAAAGGAUUAAAGCAAUCCAAAAGAUGCCAGAGACCAUGAAAAAAAAGAGAGAAAUCAGGAAUAAAGUUCUUAAAGAAAUAACAAAAAAAUCAAGUAGUCAACUUUCCUGCUGUACACAGUGUCUGCAGGGAACAGCAGUGUCAUUCCGGCGAUUUGGAAAUAGCUUGUCUGAAUAUUUUCACCUGCUGUGGUUUUGGCACAGGGCUCUGAAGAUCAUUGGUGCCAAUUUUGGAACAAGUGUUCUUUCUUAUUUUAUUUUCUUGAAGUGGCUGCUAACUUUCAACAUCUUCUCAUUCCUCAUAAACUUCAGUUUCAUCACAAUCCCUCAGUUUGUUGCAGCAGAACCAAAUAACCUUUCCUUCACGGGUCUGGAGCUGUUCACUGGAGCUGGUUAUUUUCAACAAACAGUACUCUACUAUGGCUUUUACACCAAUGCUACAAUCCAUAAAAUACAGAAUGGUCCAUCUUACAACAUGCAGCUGGCCUAUAUUUUCACCGUUGGACUGUAUUUUGUCAUCUGUUUUUUUACCUUGUUGUUCAGCAUGGCAAAAUCCUUCUGCAAGAACUUCAUGGACCUUCAGACAUACUCUGGAAAUGCUAGCAAAAUUCUCUGCACUUGGGACUUCAAUAUAAGUAAUGAAAAAGCUGUGAAGCUGAAACAGAAGAAUCUCAGCACACAAAUAAAGGAAGACCUCGCUGAAGUAAACAGAGAAGUACUAAAUUUUUCUGUAAAAGAAAGAGCUGUUCAUAUUGUUAUUCAUCUUGUUUCUUGGAUUGCUUCCCUGGGAACAGCAGUAGGUGCUUGUGCUGGUGUUUACUUCCUCUCCACUAAUAACCUAAAGCUGUUUGUGGCAGGAAAUAAAAAUGACCAAGAGAGCCAAGCUGCUAUGUUGGUGCUUCCUAUUGUCACAUCUCUCCUCAAUGCAUUCAUCCCAUUUUUCUACUCGUGGCUUGGACACCUGGAGAGAUAUCAGACUCCUGGACACCACAUCUAUGUCACUAUUAUCAGAAAUAUCAUCCUGAAAAUAUCAAUCAUUGGAAUCCUGUGCUACUACUGGGUUAACGUUGUGGCUGAAUCAGAAUCACAGUGCUGGGAAACACAGAUUGGCCAAGAUAUCUAUCGUCUUGUUCUAGUUGACUUCAUAUUUUGUUUGCUUGGCUGUUUCUUUGGAGAGUUUUUACGAAGAAUUAUUGGAACAACAUUCUGUGUGAGCCUGGGGAUGCCAGAAUUUGACAUUGGACGAAAUGUUUUAGAUUUGAUCUAUGCACAGACUUUGACCUGGAUCGGUAUCCUCUUCUCACCUCUGCUGCCUGGUAUCCAGUUUAUAUCAUUUUCUAUAGUAUUUUUUGUGAAAAAGGUCAGCCUGAUGAUGAAUUGCCAACCCCCUCGCAAAGUCUGGAAAACUGCUCAAAUGACAACAUCCUUCAUGUUCCUGUUGUUUUUCCCUUCCUUCGUUGGAGUCCUGUCUGUCAUUGGAGUCACUGUCUGGAGGUUAAAACCUUCAGAAGAAUGUGGUCCUUUCAGAGGUUUGUCUUCUAUGUAUGCUGCAGUCUCUGAGUGGAUAAAAACGCUGGAAAAUCACACUGCCUCAAAGUGGGUAGUGUGGAUCUACCAUAACUUAAUUACAAGUGUACUUUUCUACUUCAUCCUCUCCGUUCUUGCCCUAAUUAUCACUUAUCUUUACUGGAAAAUAGUACGAGGAAGAAGGACCACGAUCAAACUCUUACGUAAGCAAAUAAUUAAUGCAGGAAAAGAUAAAAAGUUUUUACUCGACAAACUCCGAGCUCUGCAAUGGGCAAACCGAGCCCCACCUGCGCCAAGAGAACGAGACGAGCAGAGAAGCUCUUCUUUGUAUGACCCGCCCAGGCAACCUGCCCAGCAUGCACCCGACUACCCAGGAGCAGCAUUUUAUGGAAAUCAAAAUGCAUCCUACGAGGAGCAUCCCUAUUCUGGCGGGAUCCCGCACGGGACUGGCUUCCCACCAGGAGCAGAGUGGGAGCAGCCCCAGCCCGGUGGGACAGGCGUGUCGGUGGCCGUGGCGCUGGCGCUGCGUGCCAGAGAAGUGGCGCUGCAGGAAGAGGAAGAUGACAACUGCUAUUUUCAACCACGAGUAGGCACAGUCAAUAAUGAAUAUUGAGUUAUUGACUGAUGGUCUGGGGACAGCGAUACUCAUUUGCACUAAUGACUGAAAGAGCCAUUCAAACAUAUUUUUUUACCCCUAAAUGGAAAAAAGAAAUAAAUAGAAGAACGGAUUGCAAAAUACAUCCCGGCUGCAACUUGCUAUCAUGAAAGGAAAGACCUUGUGUACUUGGGUUGUUCCUGAAGCAGUGAUGUUGUGGUGAGAGUCAGCCUUGCCUCAGGGCUGGCUGUUGCCUCCACACAGUAAGGGUUUCUCCAAAGCCACUCACUUCUCGUCAGCAAAAUAUAAGGAAAGGUGUGCCUAAUUGUAAAUAAAACCUUUGGCCUAAAAAUAUUUUUAUAUAAGCUAUAUUGUUCAAACUGCUUUUAUCUGAUCUAAACCAAAAGUGAAGUA